GGGAAGAAGUCAGGAAGCUGCCUGCUUGUGACAGCCGUAUCAAAGCACAUAAAAAAAAACUUGAGCUUGAACUGUUUCGGUUAGAAUUAGACUCCCAAAAACCGCCGCUGACAUGUCGAAGAACACCUUGUCCGCCGCCCGUUUCAGGCGAGUGGACGUGGACGAGUACGACGAGAAAAAAUGUGUGGACGAGGAGGACUGAAGAGUAAACCAGCUGGGACCCGACGAGGCAGAGGUUGACUCCCUCAUCAAUAUCCCCCCAGGGGUUCUCAGCUAGAGACGCUUGCAUGUCAGCACAUAUCUCAUGAUGGCAUCCCUGAGAAAUGAGAUGUUGUUGAUGAUGUUCCAGAAGCCCUUGAAGUUCCAAAUGCUUCAGUUUCUUGACUGAGAUAUUCUCUUGAGUUAAACUUCAUAUCUUGACGAAGGAUUUCCCGAGGAUUACUCACCUGACAUAAUGGCUUCCAAUAUAAUUGUGGAGCAGCAGUUUUCUCACAAAUUCACAGUGACGGUGGUUCGAGCAGAGAGCGUCACCAAGGGAGCACUGGGUGACCUGUUGGACACCUCAGAUCCAUAUGUGGAGCUGUUCAUCCCAACGGCCCCAGAGAGCAGAAAGAGGACCAAGCAUAUAGACAACAACAUCAACCCAAAAUGGAACGAGACCUUUCACUUCAUAUUAGACCCAAACCAGCAGAACAUCCUGGAGCUAACAUUAAUGGACGCCAAUUAUGUGAUGGAUGAGACACUUGGGACUGCAACCUAUGAGAUCACCAAGCUCAGAGUAGGCCAGACAAAGAUGGAGCUGUUCCUCAUUGGCAAAGCAACCAAAGUAUACCUAGAGAUGUCGCUGGAGAUCUGUACCAAACUGGACCUGCGGUUCAGCCAUGCCCUGUGUGACAAAGAGAAGCAGUUCCGACAGACCCGCAGAGAGAGAGUAAUGCUGGGCAUCAAGAAGCUGCUCGACAUGGAGAAGCCUCGUUUCCUCCCCAGCUCUCCAGAGGAGGUGCCGGUGAUAGCCAUAGCUGGCUCAGGAGGCGGUUUCCGUGCUAUGGUCAGCUUCUCAGGUGUUAUGAAAGCCCUGUUUGAGUCUGGGGUCUUAGAUUGUGCCACAUAUGUUGCCGGCCUUUCUGGAUCCACUUGGUACAUGUCUACUCUAUACUCUCACCCAGAGUUUCCAAAUAAGGGCCCAAAGGACAUCAACCUGGAGCUGAUGAAGAGAGUUAGCAGUAACCCACUGACGCUGUUGCUGCCCCAACACAUGACCAACUACAUCCAGGCACUCUGGGCCAAAAAGGCCUUUGGGCAGCCUGUUACUUUUACCGAUAUCUUCGGUAUGCUCAUAGGAGAGACGCUUAUUCCUGCGAGGAUGGACAUCAAACUAAGUAGCAUCCAGGAGAAAAUAGACCAGGCCCAGUGUCCUCUUCCUCUCUUCACAUGUCUGCAUGUCAAGCCGGAUGUUUCUGAGCUCAAGUUUGCAGACUGGGUGGAGUUCAGCCCGUAUGAAAUUGGGAUGGCAAAGUAUGGCACCUUCAUGACCCCCGACUUGUUUGGAAGCAAGUUCUUCAUGGGAACCGCAGUAAAGAAAUACGAUGAGAACCCGAUUGAUUUUCUGAUGGGUGUGUGGGGCAGCGCCUUCUCCAUUCUGCUCAACAGACUGCUGGGAGUCAAAGACACAGCUGGAGGCAGCACCAUGGAGGAGGAGUUAGAGCAGAUCAAACCACAGAACAUCGUCGGAGAAGACAGUCUGGACAAUGAUGACGAGCCACGUAAAGGUGGGACAAAGAACCAGGAGGCAGAAGACGAGUACCAUCGCACCGCUCAAGCUAGCUGGGCUCAACAAAUGUUCACGUCACUAUUCAGUGACUCAUCCUUAUUCAACACAAGAGAGGGCCGGGCCGGGAAGGUGCAUAAUUUCAUGCUGGGCCUGAACCUGAACACCAGCAUCCCGAUCUCUCCAGACACUGAGGUCACGUGCCAAGCCCCCCCACCUGAGGAGGAGGUAGAUGUUGUCACAGACCCAGAUGAGUUUGCUCGUAUUCACGAGCCUCUGGAUGUAAAGAGCAAGAAGAUCCAUAUAGUGGACAGCGGCCUCGCCUACAACCUCCCCUACCCUCUCAUUCUGCGGCCGCAGCGCAAAGUCAACCUCAUCAUCUCCUUUGACUUCUCUGCACGACCCAGCGACUCCAGCCCCCCCUUCAAGGAGCUCCUAUUGGCAGAAAAGUGGGCUCGAAUGAACAAGCUUCCAUUCCCCGAGAUCGACCCAAAAGUGUUUGACCGGGAGGGUCUGAAGGAAUGCUACGUCUUCAAACCAAAAAAAGGCGAAAAGAACUGCCCGACUGUCAUCCACUUUGUCCUGGUCAACAUCAACUUCAGGACAUUCAAAGCACCUGGUGUUCCCAGAGAGACUGAGAUGGAGAAGGAGUUGGCUGAUUUCGAUAUCUUUGACGACCCUGAGUCACCAUUCUCCACCUUUAACUUCCAGUACUCCAACGAGGCCUUCACCCGACUCCAUGACCUCAUGGAGUUCAACACUCUCAACAACCUGGAGGUGAUCAAAGAAGCCAUCAAGGACUGCAUCGUGUCCCGGAAGGAGAAUCCCUUGUGCAACUCUCUUCCCUUCUCUCUCAGUGAAAUCCCGAAAAAGAAGUUUCUCAAAAGAGAUCCUCAUGGAAAACCCUGGAACCUCUUUAGAAGUACUAACCAGUAGCCCGAUCUAAGACUUUGGAUAAAGCAGAUUUCUUUUGUAGAUUCUGUCUUAAAGUAAAGCAUUUUCUUUUUGGAAAAUGCUAAAAUGUUGAACUCUUUUCUGCAUAAUUUGAAUCAUACUUUUUGCACAAAGAACCCUAACUUUUACUGGUAAAACCCCGUUUGUGAAAAAGACUGGAUGUUGAAAAUCAACAUUUACUAAACACUGCAGUGUCACUAGAUUGUUACAGCAUCUGGCUCCAUCACAAACAACAGGACAUUGUUUGUGGGUCCUUCCUUUUGUUUUUAUAUUUACUGAGAAACUAGAAACUCUUAGUUCUUCAUGUGGGAAAAAAAUAUCCACCUCAGAUCCAAGUGUUCAUUCACUUCACUUAAAUGCAUAAAGUGCAUUUUCUAUUCCAAUUCACGUGGACACCUCUUGGCUUCAGAUCAUGCUGACGAAAACAUUUGCAUAUUUCCUAUGACUGUUUAUGCAGCCAGCCAUGUCUAAAUUGUGUUUGGAGCUGUGUGAAUGCACUGUAAGAAGCCUCACCUGUACCAGUAACUGUUUGUCAACUCUUUCCAUAUUGACUGCAGAACAUGCAAAUCACCAUUUUUUUUUCCUCUCACCGCGAUGGCUUGUGUAAUCCUGUUUGAAAACACUGAAGAGGAGCUUGUAACCAUUGGUUUUGUUUGAUGGCAACUCCUAAACACGCAACGUGCAACCCCUCUGGAUACCUCAAACAUCUCAAUGAUACUUACCCACAGAAUUUAACACACUACACCUACACCUGCAGCAGAGGAGGCCUGGAAUCUGACACACUACACUUCUACCUGCAUGGGCCCAAAGGCUGCAUACAGAGCAGUGGAAUUUUACUCUGAAGCACCUUCAAAUACUAAAUGCUCAUAUUUCAACCCCGCUGGUUUGGAAGAAACUGAGAAAACAAAAAGGAAGUGUUUUGCAGUCUUGCUGCAGGUAUUCAUGACCCACAAACCUUUGUAUUUUGCAGAUAAUUUGUGUCGGUUUUUGUUUGUUUAUGUUUCUGCAGUCAACAGCAUUGACUUAGGUUUCAUUUAAAGAUUAGGUUACAUAAAUAAAUCCAAAGUCAUGAUGACGUCUGGGCUGGGGGGUAGGAUGGCAUAUGGUUGAGAGUAAGGAGUCCAAGUUCAGAAUGCAGAGCUGUUUUAUAUUAUUUGUAGGUUUCGUUGUCUCUUUAUUUGUGUUGUUUAAGCUAGGACACGGAUACACACAACAUGGCUGGGGUC